AUGUCGUCCAACCCGUUCCGCAGGGGAGACAGAGACAUCGGGAGGCGAUCCCCGGGCGGCAGGAAGGUGCGGGUGCAGUCGCCGCCGCGCGUGCCGUCCGCGCCGGAUGCCGGCCUGGACCCCUUUGACAGGGCCUCUGCCGACGGCUCCACGACCGAGUCGCAUCCAGGGAACGGCGGCUUCCCAGCGAACCCGUUCAGCAGGACACUGCGAGACAUGGAGGGCGAGGGCUCCGGCAAGCCGCCGACGCGGCGGCAGGACGAGGAAGCAGAGGAGGGGGAAGGGGAGGCGGCAGCGGCAGCAACAACGGCGGCGGGCCGCAAGUCGCUCAACGUCGACUCCUUCAAGCGCCUGCUCAUGACGGGCAGUGCGGGGGACGACGCACCCUCUGCACCGGGCGCGACGUCUCGAGUCGCUGCUGACGACGACGACGACGACGACGAUGAUGACCAAGAUGACCAAGAUGACGACGAAGAUGACGACGACCACGACGACGUGCUCCACGUCAACGGGGAGAGGAAACCACCACCCCCUCCGCCGAGCUCCAGACACGGCACGUCGCCGCGGCCGCGUCAACAGGGCGCACCGACACCGGCGCCCCCGUCGCCGACCAGCCCGAGCGGCUGCCAGGACUCCCUGCCCGGCCAGCCCGGCCUGCCCGGCCAGCACCCCGGCGCGGCUCUGGCGGCCCGGCCAGAGCACGGCAGCCGGAGAUGGGCUCCCGCGCCGCCUCCCCCCCGAGCACCGCGCGCACCACCCGACAGCAGGAGCCGGGGCGACCAACAAGCACCGGCACCGCCCGACGCCUCCAGGCCACGAGGCACCUCUGCCCCUGCCCCUGCUGCCGCUCCCGCUCCUCCUCCUCCCCGACGGCCGCCGCCUGCCGGCCAGACACCCGCCCCCCGUCCCCCAAGCCUCACCAACCUCGACGCACCGUCCCGUCGCCCGUCCUCGGAAUCCAAGCCGCCGCCGCCGCCGCCGCCGCCGCCGCGAAACCGCCCCGGCGCCGAGGCAGCCUCCCCCCCCGACCCCGGCAAGAGCACCGCCCUCCUGGCCGACCUGCAUGCCCUGCAGAGAGAAGUCGAUGCUCUGCGGGGCAAGAUGCGGUGA